AUGAAACGAAAACUCCCAUCAUCAUCUUCAUCAAAUUCGGGAGGAAAUUUUGAUCAUCAUCAGCAAAAUUCUCUUUCAUCGUCCAAUUCCCGAAUGAUGGAAAUGAUUAGGAGUCAGAAGGAGAGACGGAAAAAGAUUAAACAACAGGAAAAUACUUCAUCAGCCUUUUUUAUUAUGGAUACAUUGCAUGGAAUUUAUUCGGAAAAGAAGAAUACAUCAUCAUCAGCUUCAUCAGAAGUACAGAGUUUAUUUAAUCUAGUGACGAUUGGUUUAUUAGCCGACUUGUCGAAAUGUGAGAAUUCAUUGGAAAUAUUUAGAGAGAAAAUUGAAAAGUAUAUUGUGCAUUCUGAUCAGUAUCGGGAUGAAGCCAAUUUAAUGAAUCAAUUUAUUGUAUAUCAUAUUUAUCUUUCACAGGAGAUUUUCCUUUGUUUUUUGAGGAGUAAAAGUGAGGCUGUGAUUAGAGACAGAUUAAUAGAAAUUGGAUUGAAGAGCAUUUUGGCUUUUGUAAAUUCUAAUAGCAAUAUUAUCGAGUAUUAUUUUAAUAGAUUCUUCAAGUUUUUAAACUGUGAAUUUAUUAACAAGUUGGCAGAUAGAAAUGUGUGGAUACACAUGCUGUCCAGCACGGAAUUUCUACAAUUUACUUCAAAGGGGAUUCAAAGGUUGUUUAAUGUGACAAGUGAAGAUACUCUCACAUUGCACAUUACAACUCUGUCACUUCUACAAGAAUCUCAAACUAUUUCAAUACCUAAUUUUAUAAUGACAUGCUCCGACUACUUUAUAGAUAAUUUGGCACAUAGGACAAUAUUGGAAAAUCAUAACUUUGAGAGCAAUCCAAAUAUUGUUCAACACUUUGAGAAUGUUUCAUAUCAGUGUAUUUGGUUUAUAACAUUCUAUGAUAAGAAACGAGACACAUCAAAAUUACUGAGAUUUAUUUCGAAUUUCAGGAAAGUUAGACAAGGGGAGAAUUCACCUCUAAUGAUAUGGGAAAACCUCUCUAAUAAUUUAUCCAAUCCUUUACCGCUGAAAUCAUACAUGACACUGUUAAAAUCUGGAAAGAAGAUUAUUGACAAGCCUCUAUUUCAAUCUUUUGUAAUUAGCGAGUUUUAUAAUUUAUUCCAAGUUUCAGACAAAUUAUCAACAGAGGAAAUAUUUAAAAAGAACAAGGAGCCAAUCUACUUGACUGUAGAACCAGGAUCUGACAAGAUCUUAGAAGAGGUAUUUCAAUGGAAUAUGGAUAAUUUGGAGAAUUUUAAUGAGCAAAUGUGUGACAUUUUGCGAGAGUUAUUCUCCUUUCAGAAUCUUGAUUUUGUAGUCAUGACACAUUUUGUUAACAAGUUGUUAAAACUACAAGAGAAUACUAUUCUUAAAUUAUUGGAUGAAUUAGUUUUGGAAUAUAUCAAUAGAGAGGACAUUCCUGGAUGUGUAAAUUGCCUAAUUAUUGGAAGGAAUAUCUUUCCAAUCCCAAAAACAAUGAAACCUAAAAAUGCUGUCUCCAAUGGUAACCUACAUCUUUCAACCAUUGAUCAGUGGAUGAAGGACAACUUUUUCGUAUACCUUUCUUCAGGUGGAACCAAUACUGGAAUUGAAAGAAAUACGAGGCAGGCGUCCUUUGUGACUAAAUUGAUAGAGUAUAUUAUUCCACUAGAGAAUAGCCUUCUGUUGACAUUGUAUCAAAAGGUUUUAAAUAACCUUGUAAAUUCUAGGUAUGAAUUAGUGAGUACCUUAUUGAAUAAGAUUAAGAAGGCACAACAAUCUGAAACUGAAACCGAUCAAGACUCAACAGCUGACUCCGACUAUGAGGAAUUAAAAACAAUAUUAUUGGAGUAUGAAAAAUAUGGAGAGAAUGCCUAUAACACAUCAUCCAAGUCCUCAAUUCUUCCCCUCUCCUACUAUCCAGUCAUGAAAAAGACCAAAUGGUGCAAUGUGAUUGUUCCCCAACUUCUCUCCUUCACACUAAGGGACAGUCAUGAUGGAGUAAUGAGAACAAAAUUUGAGAAACUCAAGUCAGCUCUCAUUUCAUCAUUGGUCAAUAGAAAGCUAAUUCCAAAGGAUAUGAUACAAAUUGCAGAUCCAAAAGAGGAUAGCCAAGGUGUGGAAAGCGCUUCUUCAACACUCCAUCUCAAAGUUUCAUUAGUGGAGGGAUGUUUGUUACGAGUUGUUUCUGAAAUUGAAAAUCAAAUCAAGAAACAAUCAACUAACAUUGAUUCACUCUUGGCACUCUUUUUUGAAUGCCACACAGCUAUUACAGCUGUUACUAAUAUUUUAAAAUCAGAAACAUUUGAUGUGAAAGUGAGGAACUCUACUCAAAGCAAACUGGUGGAAAUAGUACUUCAAUCAUUUUAUGAAUGUUGUAUGGUAAUGGGAUCAUUUAGCCAACACGAGGGAUUACUUGUUACUAUUUUGAGUGAUGGAAAUUCUCAAAUAUCUGAAACCUCGUCAAGUCAAAGAAAGCAAAACCAUCUCGAUUGGAUAGUGCUAUUCAAAGUUUCAGUUCUGAUGCCUUUGGCUAAUGUUAGUUCUUUGAUCAAAGAUAGAAUACUGAAACUGCUGAAAAAUAUCAAUACCAAAGACUCUAACUCUGAUUUGAUAUUUACAAUGUCAGUGCUAUUGUCAUCAUUAAUUACUGUUUCUACUAAUGAAGUUACAAUUAUUCAAGAAUUUAUAGAAUUGACCAACAAAGGAAAAGAUCAAUCCUCCCACAAAGUAUUAGCAAAUGGACUUGAAGAAAGAAUGGCUUUGAUUAAAGCCUGCUUUUUCAUUUGGGAUGAAAUCAAGCCAAAGAAUUUUGUUGAAUCAAUUAUAUUUGCCAAGUUGAUAGUCUCCUGUUUAGAAUUGUGCCACCAUUUUCAAAACUAUAACUCUGAUUUUGGUGAAUCCAUCAAUGUAAUUGAUUGUAUUUCACAUAAUAUUCUUGAAGAGACCUUCCAAAGAUCUAUAGUCGAGCACUUUACUUCCUCUCAACCUAGAGAUAAUGAGUUCUUUUGCUUUAUUCCAGCCAAAAUGCAAAGAUUAUACUUUUGGAUUAGCUCAAGAUACUCUUUACUAUUUUCUCAGGUGGAUAUUUCAUCAAGAAAGAGUGAGAAGGUCCAACAAUUUUCAAAUUUGACCAAGCAAGAUGAGUCUAAAUUCAAGCAAGUGAAAAAUCAUUUAGAAAGCAUACACUCAUCCUUUAAUAAUGAAUUUAUUGAUAAUCUAUUUAAUGGAAUUCAAUUACUUGACUUUGAUGAGUGGACAUAUUUCGAGUUAAAUAUCCAGGAUGAAAUGUGCCACAAGGUAUUAUCUUCCUACUAUAAGAAUCAAUUCCUUCAAUAUAAUACCCUACUCUCAUCCAAAAUGUCCCAAAACUCAUUACCGUUCAUGCUUUCAACAUUGUUUUCACAGGCAUUGUCUUUUGAAAGGGAAUGCGAGCAUCAUUCUAUAAUGAUACAAUCCCUGAUUGGCUUGAUUCCAAAAUUCAGUACGAAUGACCAAUUUUCCAACCAAGACCAAUUUUGGCUAUUUAAAUCAUGGCUACAAGCUAUGCAAUCAAGUCAAGAACAUUCGAGAAAAUGCCUCUAUGAUUUCGUAAUAUUUACCGAGCAUCUAGAUCCAAUUAUUUAUUAUUUGGGAACAUAUUCACUCUCUGUAUUCUCCCAAGAUUUUGAUUCGAAUAUCAAGGUUUUGAAAAAUACCCUUUCUCAAUUUUCAAAAUCUUGCCUUAUACCAAUAUCACAUCUGCAUCCUUGGCCAGUUUUGUUUACCUCAAAGAUUUUGGAAGGAUUAUUUUCACUAGUUUCCAUUUCUCUAACCUGGAUACCAAAGAGAGAUACUUCAACUAGGGAACUGAAACAGUUGUUCAGAAAUUUCAUAACAGAAAACGAAAUACUCAAACUUAAUAUUACAAGACAUCUAGGAUUACAUGUAUCAAAUUUGGAGACUUGGAUUUUCAAUUACUUUUCAAACUCUCAAACAAACAAGGAAGAACUUUUAUAUAAUUCAAAGGAAACACUCAAGGAAAUUGUAUCAGAUUUGGAAAGGGAUUAUAAUUUUGGUUUAAAGUUUUUGGUAAAGGAAACUCCUCUUGCCUUACUGAACACAAUGUUGAACAAAAUUGAUUGCAAUUUUGGAGGUUUAUUGAUUUCAGACAUGUUGAUUUCACUAUUUAUUAGUCCAACAGCUUCGAAAUAUUUGGAUCCAUUCUUUGAAUUGAAAGAAAAAACAAUUGAACAGCUGCCAUCUCAGAUAUCAAUCCAUUCCCAAACAAUUCUUGAUUAUCUAGAUGAAACCAAAUUCUCAAAUACCACAGACACCAAUAGAUUGUCCAAAAUAAUAGAACUUGUAUUUGGGAGAAUAAGUUCCUUACUGAACACUCAGGAAUUGGGUAGAGAAAUGGUUCGACUUUUUCCAACAAUUACUUAA